AUGCCGCGGUGCGCGGCCCGACGCCGCGGGGAGGGGGCCUCCCAUUGGCCAGCGGCGGCGCCCAACCGGCCAAUGGCGAGGCGGGACGCCCGCGGGCGCUGCUUCUGUUGCCGGGGGCAACGGCAGCGGCCCCCCGAGGACGCCCUGUGCGCCAUCGCCGUCGUGGGGCACGGCUGUCCCCUCUACCCCCGGCUGCCGGGUCGCGAUUGCAGUGGAAGGACACUGCAAAGUGACGAUGCUGUCGAAACCACGGCUGACGGGGACGCGGAGGGGAGGUCCCCAGCGAGCCAUCAGCUGGGCCACCGCAGCGAUGGUCCCGCCUGCACGCCGGUACAACGAGCCCUGCUGGAGCUCACCAUCCCGCUGGAGACGCUGCAGGCAGUGAAGGGCCGCAUGAUGCAGGCCAUGCGCAAGGGGCUGAGCCGCCAGACGCACGCGCAGGCCAACAUGCGGAUGCUGCCCACCUACAUCUGCUCCACGCCUGACGGCACCGAAAGGGGCGACUUGCUGGUGGUGGAGCUGUGCCAGAGCCACGUCCGCACCCUGUGGGUGACCCUCCUGGGCGACGGGAACCAGAGCCCCCAGAUGAUGUCCAGGAUCUUCAACGUGCCAGGGGACAUCACACGGGGCAAGGGGGAAGUGCUCUUUGACUUCAUUGCGCAAUGCGUGUGCCAGUUCCUGGCCGGCAUCGGCAGCCCCCAGCAUCGCCUCCCCUUGGGCUUCGUCUUCCCCUUCAGCUGCAGGCAGACACGGCUGGACAAGGCCGAACUCAUCUCCUGGUCCAAGGGCUUCAGCUGCAGCGACGUGGAGGGGAAGGACGUCGUGCAGUUGCUGCAGUCGGCCAUCAACAAGCAGGAGCUCUGCCACGUGGACGUCGUUGCCCUGAUGAAUGACACCGUGGGCACCAUGAUGACCUGCGGCAUGGGGGGGGAACCCUGUGAGGUCGCCUUGGUUGUGGACACGGGCACCAACAGCUGCUUCAUGGCCGAAGCGCAGCAGGUGGAGAUGGCGGAGGAGACCAGUGGGCGGAUGUGUGUCAACACCGAGUGGGGCUGCUUCGGCGACGAUGGCACCCUGAGCGACAUCCUGACCCCCUACGACCAGCGCGUGGACCAGGAAUCCUCCAACCCCGGGGAGAAGAGGUUUGAGAAGCUGGUGGGCAGCCUGUACCUGGGGGAGAUCGUCCGGCACACGCUGAUCACCCUUGCUGCAGAAAAAGUGGUCUUCACUGGCAGCAAUGUCGCCGUCCUGAGGACCAAGGAUGUGCUCAAGACCCAGCAGGUCCUGGAGAUCAUCGACAGUGAGGAAGGCAUGACCAAGGCGAGGAGAGCUCUGGAGGUUCUGGGGCUGCGGCCGAGCGAGCGGGAUUGCUGCCGGGUGCAGCAGAUCUGCCGGGUGGUGGUGAGCCGCGCCGCCGCGCUCUGCGCUGCCGGGCUGGCCGCCAUCCUCAGCCACAUGUGCCAGAGCCGGGAACUGGAGCGGUUGGUGGUCAACGUGGGGGUGGACGGCGAAUUGUACCGGGGCUACAGCAGGUUCAGGGAGAUCCUGCAGAGCGUGACGGGGCUGCUGGCCCCCGAGUGCAUGGUCACCCUCCUGCCCUCGGUGGAUGGGACUGGGCGGGGGGCGGCCAUGGUGACAGCGGUGGCUUUGCGCCUGGCGGCCCAUCGCCGCGAGGUGGACCGGCUGCUGGCCCCACUGCGGCUCAGCCGCACCGACCUAGAGCGCGUCCAGGCACUGAUGAGGCAGGAGAUGGAGCUGGGGCUGGGCCGGGAGAGCAACGCCAACGCCUCCAUCCGCAUGCUGCCCACCUACGUCCGCAGCACGCCCGACGGCACCGAGCGAGGUGAAUUCCUGGCGUUGGACCUGGGGGGGACCAAUUUCCGGGUGCUGGUGGUACGCGUGGCGCAGGACGGCAUCCGCAUGGCCAGCGAGAUCUACGUCAUCCCCACCACCAUCAUGCAGGGCACCGGCGAGGCGCUCUUCGACCACAUCAUGGAGUGCAUCAUGGACUUCCAGCUGAAGCAGGCCCUGAUGGAGCAGGUCCUGCCGCUCGGCUUCACCUUCUCCUUCCCCUGCCAGCAGCUGGGCCUGGAUAAGGCAGUGCUGCUGUGCUGGACCAAAGGCUUCAGCGCCUCGGGCUGCGUGGGGCAGGACGUGGUCCAGCUGCUGCGGGAGGCUGCCCAGCGCAAACAGCACUUAGGGCUGAAGGUGGUGGCCGUGGUCAACGACACGGUGGGAACCAUGAUGUCCUGUGGCUACGACGACCCCAAAUGUGAAAUUGGCCUCAUCGUGGGGACAGGGACCAAUGCCUGCUACAUGGAGGAGAUGCGCAACGUGGGCACCGUGGAGGGGGAGCAGGGCCGCAUGUGCAUCAACAUGGAGUGGGGGGCCUUUGGGGACAACGGCUGCCUGGACGACAUCUUCACCAACUACGACCGGCUGGUGGACGAGAAAACAAUUAACGCUGGCAAACAGAGGUUCGAGAAGCUCAUCAGCGGCAUGUACCUGGGUGAGAUCGUGCGCCACGUCCUCCUGGCGCUGGUGGAGAAACAGCUCCUGUUCCGUGGCAAACCCUGCCCCAAGCUCCAGACCAGGGACAUCUUCCAGACCAAGUUCCUCUCCACCAUCGAGAUCGAUGGGCUGGCCCUGCGGAAGGUACAGGCCAUCCUGGAGGACCUGGAGCUGCAGGCCAGCUUUGAGGACAGUGUGCUGGUGCGGGAGGUGUGCCAGACCGUGUCCCUGCGAGCCGCCCAGCUCUGCGCCGCCGGCCUGGCCGCCGUGGUGGAGAAGAUGCGGGAGAACCGGGGCCUGGACCAGCUGGCCAUCACCGUCGGGGUGGACGGCACCUUGUACAAGAUGCACCCACACUUCUGGGCCAGCGUCCUCCAGUCGGCUCCCCGGGUGCCCGGCGGGUCCAGGCUGCUGAUGAUCUUCUGGCGGAUGAGGAAGGGGAUCUUGAAGGCACUGGGGCCGACCAGGGCCGGGGCGCCCACCUCGCUGUCGGGGACCAGCCAGUCCGAAAACCUCGUGUCCUAG